CGUCGUGCUCCCGCUGCCGCCGGAGCCGCGGGCCCGCCCGGCAGUGCCGCGCCGCGCCGGGCGGGAGGAUGCGGCGCUUGGCGCGGGUGUCGCUGCUGUGCCUGGGCUGCGCCGUCUGCUCGCUGCUCUACGGCCUCAGCCAGCUGGCCCUGUCCCUGGAGCAGGAGCCCGGCGGCGGCCGUGAGAGGCAGGCCCGAGAGCCCGCCACGCCCGGUGCCUGGCGGCAGGCGGGGAGCGCGGGCCGAGGCGCGGCGGGGAGCGGCAGGUGUAAGAAUUUGUCUGUAUCUUUCUGGAAUUCCUAUUGGAUGCUGCCCUCUGAUGUUUGUGGAAUGAACUGCUUUUGGGAAGCUGCUUUUAGAUAUGAUUAUAUGAAAACACAUCCUUCUGAGAAAAUGCAUCUAGCAGUGGUGGCCUGUGGUGAAAGACUGGAGGAGACUGUUACUAUGUUGAGAUCAGCCAUUAUUUUCAGCAUCAAACCUCUCCAUUUUCAUAUUUUUGCUGAGGACCAGUUGCAUGAGAGUUUCAAAGACAUACUUGAAGAAUUCCCCUAUGAAGGAAAAGUUAAUUACACGAUAUAUCCAAUAACAUUUCCAUCUGAGAGUGCAGCAGAAUGGAAGAAAUUGUUUAAACCAUGUGCUUCACAAAGACUAUUUUUGCCAUUAAUCCUCAAAAAUGUGGAUUCACUACUGUAUGUUGAUACUGACAUCUUGUUUUUGAGGCCUGUUGAUGAUAUUUGGUCUUUUCUGGGAAAAUUCAACUCCACACAAAUUGCUGCAAUGGCACCAGAACAUGAAGAGCCUCGUAUUGGGUGGUAUAAUCGAUUUGCUAGACAUCCCUAUUAUGGAGUAACUGGAAUUAAUUCUGGAGUCAUGCUAAUGAAUAUGACACGUAUCAGAAGAAAAUAUUUCAAGAAUGAUAUGACACCAGUCCGGUUACAAUGGGGAGAAAUUCUGAUGCCACUACUGAAGAAAUACAAGCUGAACAUAACAUGGGGUGAUCAGGAUCUAUUGAACAUUAUGUUUUUUCACAAUCCAGAAAGUCUUUAUGUCUUUCCUUGCCAAUGGAAUUACCGGCCUGACCACUGUAUCUAUGGAAGCAAUUGUAAGGCAGCUGAAGAAGAAGGUAUAUUUAUUCUUCAUGGAAAUAGAGGUGUUUACCAUGAUGAUAAACAACCAACUUUUAGGGCUGUCUAUGAAGCAAUAAAAAAUUAUUCAUUUGGAGAUGACCUGGUGCAUUCGCUGCUGCAGCCCCUAGAGCGGGAGCUACAGAAAACCACGCACACAUACUGUGGAAGAGUAUACAAAGUAUUCAUAAAGCAGCUAACAAAAAGUGUAAGGGACUUGUAUGCCAGAAGAUCAAAGGGAAGGUGAUUUUUGACUCCUAGCUUUUACAUCAAGAGACUGAAUUAACUUAGAUGGUCAAAAGGUGCAAGAAUUCUAUUACACCUUGAAUGGGCUCUUAAUUUGCCCAGAAAAAAGUUUACUAGCAUAGAUAAAAAUGAAGAAAAUAUUCAUGUAAUGAAGAACAAGAACUUUUUUCUGCAACAGUGACUUUCUGGUUUUUUGAAGUUUAAUCAGUGCUAAUGUUUGUCUCAUAUCUGAUGAUUUGGGUGUUACUGGCUCCGAUGGUCAGUAAUUUUAGUCUGCAUAAUUCAGUUAUCUAAUGAUAAAUGAACAAGGAAGAAAUGAAGAUGACUCUGUUUGGGAGUGUACCUCAUAUAUUGUCUAAAAUUCUAUUAAACUGUGAAUGUAGCAAUAACUGAGUCAGCAGCACUAACCUCACUUUAAAGGUGUGAGCCUUUAUGUAAACAAAGUUGUUUACAAGUGCAGAAAAUAUUCUCUUGUCAAAGAAAUGUGUUGUAAUCAUUGACAAUCUGUAUGUGCCUUUAUAUGUUCAUCUCUUACAUGUUGAAGUACUGUUUUGACAAUCUUGUUUCGUUUAUCUCAGAUGUAAACUGCACACUAUAAAUAUGAUUUUCUGAGAAAUUAAGGACUAGUAUGUGAUACUAGUUUUCUCUGUAGUAAAUACGGAGACUUUAUAUUAAAAAGAAUUUGUUUCAACAUUAUAGAGCCAUUAGCACCAAAAGGUAGAGCAGAACUGAGGGGGUUUUAAGUAAAAAUCCAGUUUGAAGUUGCUUGUCUUACAAUACUUAAAAAAAUUUCAUGGUUUUGCAGCUUUAUUGGGCAUUUUGGAAGUAGAAAAAGAGCCCAGUAGUGGAAAGCUAUUGCUGUUGUAUUUCCAUACUAGGAAUUAUUACCUGGUGAUUGUUAUAGAGUAUGUAGUACUAAAAGUGAAGAGCUGUAGUAAGAGUUCUGAUGCUUCAUCAGACUGUGUAGUAGACGGGAUUUUUUGGAGAAUAUAUCCUGUUAUAAUUUUUUUUUAAUAAAUGGCUUUAAAAUAGUUUUGGGGCAGACCCUCAACUACAUGAAUGCAUUACUGUGGAUAGGGUGAUAGUGAUUUGCAACAGGAAAGGAUUAGAUUUCCUCCAAUUAUCUUAGUGAAAAAAUAAAACCUUCUGUUUAAGUAAGAAAAACUUUUUCUCCUGAGAAAACCAUGAAGAAAAGGGCUGAAUUCUAGUGUUACAGUUAAAUAUUUAAACUUGCAUGGUAUGAAAUCUAUUUGCAAAGUAUAUAUGAACUUAGAUAACCUGUCUAAGUGAGAUGAAGUCUUCAUAAAGUGAGCUUUCGGAUUCCAGGACAGUUCCUGUGUGUUGAACAUGGAGGAUCCACUCACUGACUUGCACCUUCAUCCCAACCCCAUUUUAGAAGCUUAAUUUUUGUAGCUGUUUCCUUGUCAAAGACUGGCUCUGACUGCCAGAUCCAUGUGAGCUGGACAAAUGCUUUGGCAGUACAAGAACACACUCCACUGUCAGCAGAGUUUGUAUCCUGCUUCUAAUUUCCCUGCAGGCUCAGGGCAUAAAUUUGUGGGAUGGAAUCUAGGAAGCAGUCUGCCUCUCGUGUAGAUCUCUUCUUGCUGUGUAACCUUUUGAAGCCUGAAAAUGUAGAAAUCUCUGUGAAGGUGAAUACUGUAACUGACUGAUUUUACAAUAUGCAGUGCAUUAUUUUUUUACAUAAAUACUGAUUUUUGU